AUUAAAAUAACUUGAAUAAAGUAGAAGAAAGUAUUAUGGAAAAUUAUUUAGAAUUAUUGCCUGGUGAUUUUGCUCAGGAUUUGACUGGGAAACCAUUUUUGGGGGAGACAUAUCCUUCAGAAUUUAUGACUGCUCUAGGGGAAUGCCGAGUGGAGGCCUUUACUGAUCCCUUUGAAUUCUUACAAUGUACUGAAGAGGUUUUGAGAGUGCAAGAAAGUUCGCAAUAUAAUGAAGUCAAGUGAAUUCAGAAUUCAUUUACUGAAACUAAAUCUUCUUCAAACAGGAAUCCUAAAAAGCCUGGGAGAAAGCCUGAAGUUACUGGGCUUACCUGAAGAAAGGAUAUAGCUCUCAAGGCUCUUCUCAGAAACAUCAGAAGAUUCCACUGGGAAAAAUUGAAGAUCCAUACUCAAUUCACAACUAAAAGAAGGCAGUCAAAAUCUGAAUGCGAUGCAUUUUUGGGGGAGUACAUUCAGAAGGAACUUGGAGUUGAGCCUAACCAAAAGUUCAUUUCAACACUCAACCUAUACCUGUUCUCAGAGAGACCCAGGCCUGGAGAAGCCAAAAAUCUAUUCAGAGAAGUCCUGUACACAUACAGUGCUGCUAAGCUCAACAAUUGCUUGCUAAACAAGUACUUCAGAUGUCUUGUUUACCACUAUAUCUUCGAAAUGGGUCCUAAAAUAUCAGAUUCAAACUCAAAGAUAGCUAUCCAAAUGAUGGAGAAGAAGUGUAACGAUUGUGAGAUCUAAGGCUAGUAUCAGAGGAAAAACACCUGACUCGCCAUAUUGGCUUAUGUAAACCAUA